CUCGACACGUUAAUUGUCGUGCCCCUCUCCGCGUGAUCGCUCGUUCGCUGGCUUUUCGCGCUUGAUUUAUUUGACUUUUGCCUUCAGCGAUAUACAAAAGGGGGCUCCAACGGUUGCCGUUACUGCGAUAGUAACAGGAAUCUGAGUCGUCUGUGGAAAAACGUGAAUCGAGUCGGUGCUAUUAAUUGUGAGAAUGCUAGGGUAUACAGAGUAUACCAGUGAUGGUGAUGACGACGAUGCGACUAUUCGAAAAAGCGAUUUUGCGAAACCGACAGGUGGAACUGGAGAUGGUGGGAAGAGAGAAAAAGGGAAUAGGAUCAAACAAAACGGGCGGGAAACAUACAGGAAGAAAAAUUGUUCGUGUAGCCAGCAUAUAGGCAUUGUGCUCCAGAUCUCGACGCUUCAUUCCGCGGACCUCUCCCGACGCGAUUUACCCUUUGAAUUGAAAAAGACUCCCAUGCCUGCCGGCUCGCCGGAUUCGAUCGAAGUGUUUUAACGUUCCCCUUCCGCUCGCGUCUGGAACAUUGCGGAUACUGUGGAGGUUGCCUCCGUAGCAAAGCCUGUUGGAGUCUCGUGCCAAGGUCGACGGCAAUGGAAAAGCCACGAAGAGCUUCUUCAAUAUCCAUAUAUCUAUCUUUUCCUCUCCUUUCGUUCUUUUCUCCUUUUUCUUCCUUAUUCUUUUCUCGUUACU